AUGCAGUUCGCCGUUACCUUCGCCCUCAUGGGCCUCGCCGCCGCCGCUCCUCUCGCGGACAGCGGGGACUUUAUCGGUCUGGGCCCAGGCAAGCCUAUCAACGAGCGAUCCCCCGAGGACGUUAUCGGUGUAGGCCCAGGUCAGCCCAUCAACAACAAGCGUUCCCCCGAGGACGUUAUUGGUGUCGGCCCAGGCCAGCCCAUCAACAACAAGCGUUCCCCCGAGGACGUUAUCGGUGUCGGUCCAGGCGGCCCCAUCAACGAGCGUGACGCUCUCGACAAGCGUGUCAUUGGCCCUGGCGCUGCUGCUGUUCUCGGUGGUGUUGUCUCCGGUAUUGUUGCUCCAGCCAUCACCCGCUGGGCCAACAGGAUUUUUGGAAUCCAAACGCCCAAGGCGACCAAGCGCACCGACUCGAAGACCACCGACAUCUCGGGCAACGUGAACAUUGCCGAGAACGUCACUUGGGACGAGGUACGCAACUAUCCAGCCAUGCUUUGGCCCAUUCCCAGUUGCUGACAACCACACAGAUCCGUGCCGCUUUCCUUGACGGCAUCACCGCAGAGAUUUACAAGGACGCCAGCGCCAACGAGACUGCCGUCUGCGUCGGUGUUCCAUACAACAUCUCUGACGCGACCAAGGUCGACGACUCCGCCACUGUCGACUUCAGUGUCAACGGCCAGGACGCCAUCUUCGACUGCUUUGUCCUUGCACCAGGUGUCACUUUCUCCGUCGCCCCAGAGAACGCCACUGAGUCCAACGUGAGUAUACAUCCAUCUCCGAUCCUCCCAGCGCGGUGCUAACCCCUUGAUAGGUUGAGAUCAUUGCGCCAGUACCGAUCGAGCUCAACGCUGAGGGCAAGCUCAUCACCGCCUAG